GGGCUCUAGGAAUCACUAAUAAGCCUGAGUCUUUUGAACGCAGAUUUCUUGCCGGGACAAUUAUGCAGCGUUGUUGAUAUUGUUGACAAUGGAGAGAUGUUUUGAAAACAGGGCAGGAACCCAAAGGAAUGUUCUACAAAACUUGUUUUCAGAGGCAGUCGCUCUAUGAAGUUGCUGCCGGUCUCUCCCUAUUACAAGCACGCCACAUCAUGCAGGUGGCAAAUGUUGAUCCAUUAAGGAUCCAACCCCCACCAUACCCUGGUACCCAAGAAACUGUGGUAAUCCACCAGAGUCAGUUUGCCGUGCAGACUGUUGAAGUACCUGUUGUCCAGUAUGCUGUACCUCAGGUUCGGGUGGUGCACCCUGCACCGGCGAGCCUGCUCACAGAUGUUCCCGGACAGGUGACGUGUAUUAAUUGCCAUACUCACGGCAUUACUCGAACCCGUUACAUAAAUGGAGCGCUGACCUGGGUCAUUGCUGGUGUGCUCGGAUUUUUCUGGAGACUCCCGAAUUUUAGUGCCCCUCCCGAAUGGACAACCCUUCUCCCAAAUUUCUCCCGAUUUCCACCCGGACAACAAUAUUGGGGGCGUUCCUUAAAGGCACUGCCUUUAGCGUCCUCUACAACCUGUCGUCACUUCCGCUUUUCCUCCAUACAAACAGCGGGCCGGCCCAGUCACAUAAUAUAUGCGGCUUCUACACACAGGUAUGUGAAUGCAAGGCAUACUUGGUCAACAGCCAUACAGGUCACACUGAGGGUGGCCGUAUAAACAACUUUAACACUCUUACAAAUAUGCGCCACACUGUGAACCCACACCAAAAAUGAAUGACAAACACAUUUCAGGAGAACAUCCGCACCGUAACACAACAUAAACAAAACAGAACAAAUACCCAGAACCCCUUGCAGCAAUAACUCUUCCGGGACGCUACAAUAUAACCCCCCCGCUAUCAACAACCCCCCCGCCCUCCAAUUUAUUUUCAAAUGUAUUAGCCUGUGGAAAAAGUUAAUGUUAAUUUUUACCUCAGAAGGCUGCAAAUAGAAAAGAGACAUUAAAUUGUUUUAUUAAAAUUACAUUUAAUAUGCCUUUAAUGUUUUUUUCGUUUGUUUUUUGAAAGUUGAAUUUGCACUAUUAAGUUAUAUAAGCGUUGUUUGUUCCAUAUUCAGUGUUAAAGCAAAUCAGUGUAGCAAACUGAGCAAUAAUUCUUGAUAUUUUAUUAUUAUUAUUAUUUGAAACUGGAUUUUGCAUGUCACUAUAAAGUUAUGUAAGCCUUGCUUGAGAUGGAACCCUUUUGAUAAAAGUGGUCGAACAAAGUUUUGAUUACUGCUCCGGUUUGGAUUUUAUGCGCCUUCAAAGAACCCCUGCGCAAAGUUUCCUAAAAAAUGUCUUUUUUGCCUCUUUAAACUGUAAUUUGACCCCCUUAAAAUGCUUCAAAGUGCAAGUUAAAGCUCUGUUAUGCAGACCGAAAGCCAUUUAUCAACAACAUCCAGAAUCGCCGAUCUGUAAUUUCACCCCCUUAACAUGCUUCAAAACUCACCAAAUUUUACACACACAUCAGGACUGGCAAAAACUGCCAUCUACUAAAAAACCAAACCCCAAAAAUCAAAAUUGCGCUUAGCGCCCCCUAGGAAAAAAAACAGACAAAACUGCAUGUAACUUCUGUUAGAAAUGUCAUAGAGACAUGGAAUAAAAAACUUCUAUGUAGGUCUGACUAAGAUCGGGACUUGGGACACGGCGGCAACAGCCAAAGGCGGACCCGACCAACGCUGCUUGCAGCUUUAAUUAUUAUUUGAAACUGGAUUUUGCAUGUCACUAUAAAGUUAUGUAAGCCUUGCUUGUUCAAUAUUCAAUGCAAAAGUUGUCCGGGUCCCUUUUAAAAGGUUAAUUUGUUGAACCUUGGCCCGCGGCUUUGUUCAGUUUAAAAUUUUGGCCCACUCUGUAUUUGAGUUCGACACCACUGCUCUACAUAAAUGAUGUGAAAUGUUGUCUUUUUCUGUUUCACUUGUUGUGACUACCUGUUUUCACCUUGUUUUCUGUGUGUGAAACUAUAAUCAUUUUCAUUUUUAUUCUGUUUUGUCAUGAAAUGGGGCGUAUGGAACAGAAUAUUAUUUAAAGAAAUGUUUCUGUAGAUUUGAUAAUACUUAGUCUAUGUUGGAACUGAUUACUAAUGAAAACUGAGGUCCCACUGUGUUAUGUUUUAUGCUGUAAACUACACAACAAUAUAAUAAAAAUAAUGCGAUCUGUG